AUGACCAUCAAAGCCAUCAUCGAAGGAGCCAUCAAAAAGGACGAGCCCCUGGAGCCAGCAACGGGUACAGCCGGGACGCAGGAAAGGAUAUCCACAAGCCACGUAACAUACUCGGGAGCAAUAACGAUUACAACGACAAACACUCAAGACACCGAGGCACCAGCCUUGGUGCAUUUGAUAAUGGAUCUUGGUCUUUCCACUGGAGAGGGCGUUGCCCCGACAACCCCCGUUCCUGCACCGCUGGCCGCAAAAGGUGUUACAGAAGGCAUGUGGCAACAAACUUAUGAUGGAGCUCUCCUUGUGCGCGUCGUCGGUCUUAUUCAGCAGGCGCAAACCGCGGCCAGGAAAUCGCCGAAGAGAUUGUUGGCUUUUGUGAUAUUGAGUUCUGUGAUGUUGUCCGCGUGGAUCUACGUUGUUAUACCCCUCCUGUUACGCCCCCUGCUUGAUGCCGUGGCUAUUUUUUCGGUACUAUAUGUACUCCUGGCUGUUAUGGGGCUCGUGGUUACUUGUUUGAUAUAUUGGGUCGCUGUGUUUGUUCCGGAUUCAAAGCUCGAUGAUUCGGUUGGAAAAAUUCACAAAAUGAAAGCGCGAUGGAUAGAAUUCGUGAAAGAGCAGGAUGGCCACUACAAGGGGCUGGGAAUCGAUGCUACGGCAUCUACGAACGAAGACUUUAUGCAUUACUACAAGCAGCUGGGGAUUAAUCCAACCCCCCAGUUGAAGAGGCAUUUAGUGGGCAUCAAGUUCGCAAUCUCAGGUGGCUGUAGUGAGGGCCAUGGUGAGGGCCUACCGGGGUUGUCGGAUGCAGUUUCUUGCACGCACGUGGAAAAGCUCUGCACUGUCUAA